AUGGAGGUAACCCUGCCAGUCGAGGAUGCGGGGGCCACGGUUGAUGCCCAUCUUCUAAAGGGAUGCUGCUUGGAAGCAGAGAGAUCAGACAGCGUCUGGCUGCGCCUCGAAGGCCUCUUCCAAGCUCUGCCAGAGGCCAAUCGUCGGCAGUUGCGGUCGCUUAUCGACGAGAUCAGGACCACUAGCUUGAUUCUGCGAGAGCUGGCUGACCUGUCCCAAGUCCACCAGGACCGCGUGCCACUGGUGCUGGAUCCUCUUAAUACCAUCUUGCCAUGCCUGUCACGAUCUCUGCGGGACAUUGUAACGCACUAUGAGGACCGGAACCUGACCAAAGUAAACCGCUGGCGGACCAUGUUUCACGAAAUGACCAAUGAGGCGGGCGGUCUACAGCUUCCUCAACGAUUCGUCGUGUAUAAUCAUUAUCUGACUGCCAUCCGGAACCUAUUAUCCAGAUCGCCCGAUUUCGAUCUCAAAAUGAUGGAAGCGUUCCGCCUGCAAAUUAUGAAUCUGCGAGAAGCAAGAGGAAUUCCUCCGCCUCCAAUACAAGCUGGCCCUGUAGUCCACUACAGGACCAUAGCUCCCAUAGGAAAAGAUACCUCCGUACAUUGGGCUGAACAAGUCUUUUCUACACCUUUGCCCUCUCGGUCACCUAUGAAGGGCGGGCUGCCAUCCGAAUCCUUUGGACCGCAUCGACCGUGGGGUCACUUGACUAUUCCCAUCAACUCAAAGGUCCUCUUUCGACGGCCCAUCGACGAUGAUAAAAUCUCCCUCAUCGCCUACUCUGAUGGGCGGGAUGGCUCCCCUUACCUCCUGCUUCGAACAUUUUACAUGGGUGGACCAUGGUUUUCUCUCCGCGGGGUUCAUGAGCUAUGUAUCCAGCGGGAGAAUGAUUCCAUACAGUUUACAAGAUGGAGCCAUUCCGAAAACUGCUCCAAGCUCUGGGCAACAUUGCGCUUCCAGACCUGGGAAGAGUUGAUUCUCAUGUACUGCACGUUCCUGGCCCUCAAGUCUCGCAACGCCUUGACAGUGCAGCUGGCGACCAAAGAAUACGCUCUCAAGGGCGAACGCAAACUCUUCCAAGCUGCUAUUCUAGACGAUGGCUUCAAGCAUUCACUCGUCAUAUAUGAAGACCGGCACACUGGAGGCCGCCGUAUCCACGUCGCCGUUUAUGAAGGCGAGCUGCGCCAAUGCCCCGUCUGGACAGCCUUUGUAACGCAUCAAUCUUCAUCUCCCACCUGGCUCAAACGAGUCAGCCGGAAGAGAGUCCGCCUGGCCGACGUUCAGCUAUACGUCUUCAGCCAGCAAUACAGGCAACAAACACAACGAAAAGGCACCGGAGGAUCAUUCGAACUUCAAUUUUACAGCGAAGAAGCCGCUCAAAGCUUCAGUGAUCUAUUCUACGUCCCCCAAAAGUCCAAUACAUCCCGGCCCAUCACGCCCAGGCCGUAUACACCGAGAAUUGCGUCCCGGCCAACCACGCCAGGAAGAGCUUAAUGUCGAACGACUCAGUCUCAUAUCUUCUUCUAUCUCUUCCAAGUUUCUUUUUAAAACUACCUCGGCGACUCAAAAAUGGUACAGCCUCAGGCAGCUUUUCACGACAGUAACGCUUCUCUUCUUUCUUUUCUUCUUCAUCUUAUAUUUUUAUACCCGCUCAACAUUUAGCGAACAACUUAACGACGAUACGACUGAUAAUCUAACGACGACCGACUGGCAAUACGUUUCUUUUCUUUUUCUUUUUUUCCUGUUGGAAGCAUGGCGCUGAGAAAUAAUCUACUCUCAUCAAAAAAGUCUGUAUAGGAAGAUCAUCUCAGCUAAUUUCUAACGCCUAUGAUCCUGUUUCAUGUUUUUGUUUUUUUGUUUCUUAAAAGUCUUCAAAAGUUGGCACUGCUUUGGACGUUGUAGCUACGCUCUUGAAAAAACGUAAAAAAAGAUUGAUUUCGUAUAAUUCUUUUGCUUUUAAUACAACUUAUUGCUGGGCAUGACUCACUCAUACAUCUUUUGUUUUUUUAAAAACCUUCCGCCCCAUUCAAACACACUAUGCUUCGAUUAAUAAAUAAAUAAAUAACAAACAGUAUCUUUUUAUGCACACCAAAAUGCUUGCUUAGGUCUUGACAUCGGGCUCAUCACGGCCAAUGUGCUCCUUGAACUUGAGCAGCUCUGUCGCAAACUUGACUUCAUCCUUGAGGAAAUCCUGAGCGUCAAGAUCAUAUUUGGAUGGGUCGCUAGUGUGCUGCUCAAUGUACAGACGGAUAGUGGCACCAGAGGAGCCAGUACCAGAGAGACGGACGACAAUGCGGCUGCCAGAAGAGAAGCCAGCGUAGAGACCCUGGUUGGAUGAGACUGAGCCAUCGAGGUCAGUGUAUGAGAAGUUGCCGGCCUUGGUGACAGUGCGCUCGCCAAUCUUGCUGCCCACAAAGCUGGGGUUGGCAACCAAAGCCUCCAGCUCGCCAACAACCUUGUUGGCGCCCUCGGAGUCGACAUCCUCAUAAUCGUAUCGGGUGAAGAAUGUACGUCCAUACUGGGUCCAGAAGUCCUUCUGGAUCUGCUUGAUUGAAGGGGUGACACCAGGGUUCUGGACACCAAGGGCAGCAAUAAUGUUCAACCAGGCAAUGACGGCCCACAGGCCGUCCUUCUCACGGAUGUGGUCGCUACCAGUGCCGAAGCUCUCCUCACCGCAGAUGGACAGCUUCUUGGCGUCAAAGAGCGCGCAGAAGAACUUCCAGCCCGUGGGGACCUCAUAGCUAGUGAGGCCCUGUGCCUUGGCGACCAGGUCGACGGCGCCGCUGGUGGGCAUGGAUCGGGCAAGGCCGUUGACGCCGUUCUUCUGGAAGUAGGGGAUGAGCUUGGCGUGGUGGGCAAUGAUGGCGAGAGAGUCUCCGGGGGAGACAAAGGCGUUGGCGCCGUAAAUCAUGUUUCGGUCGCCAUCGCCGUCAGAGGCAGCACCAAAGGGGAUGUUGUUCUUGUCGACAACCUCCACCAGGGAGUGGGCGUAGGUGAGGUUGGGGUCGGGGUGUCCGCCGUUGAAGUCGGGGCUGGGCACGCAGUUCUGAGUGGCGCCGCUAAGGCCAAGCUCCUUUUCGAAAAUAGCGGUUCCGUAGGGUCCAGUGACGCCGUGCAGGCCGUCAAAGAGGACCUUGAAGUCGGGGUGGGAGGAGAAGAACUUCUUGAUGGUGUCAAAGUCGAAGAUGUCCUUGAGCAUAGCGACGUAGUCGGCGGUGCUGUCAAUGAUCUCGACCUCCAGGGCGCCAUAGGUCUUGGUGCCAACGGUGGAGAUGUCAAUGUCGGGGAUCGAAGCGAGCUUGUAUGAUGUCAGGGUCUUGGAGGUCUCGAAGAUUUUGUUGGUGACGGAUUCGGGAGCAGGGCCGCCGUUGGCCAAGUUGUACUUGAUACCAAAGUCGUUCUUGGGGCCACCGGGGUUGUGGCUGGCAGUGAGCAGGAUGCCUCCGGUAGCCUUGCGGAUGCGAAUGACAUGGCUGGCGGCGGGAGUGGAAAGAAUUCCAUUCUGGCCGAUGAUGAGCUUCUUGACACCGUAGGCGGCGCCGAUCUUGGCAAUCAGCUGGAUGACCUCGGGGUUCCAGAACCGGCCAUCACCACCAAUGACAAGGGAAGAGCC